AUGCGCAGUCCCAUCCCAGGCCUGGGCAGGGUGAUGGUGUUCCUCGCAGCAGCCCUGGCAUCAGCCUCCCUCGCCGUCCCCGAGGGCUGGGGAGAGGAAGGUGUGCAGUACGGACAGGUGGGAACAGAGGUGACCCUGCCGUGUGCCGGUGCCCAUGCCAGCUCGCCGGUGCAAUGGAGACGGGCGGGUGCUGCGGCGCUGCCGGAGGGCUCGGCCGUCUGGCAGGGAGCUCUGGUGCUGCCACGUGCCAGCCUGGCCACCGCGGGAACCUACAGCUGCCACGGCAAGGACGGUGGCCUCCUGCACACCAUGUCCCUGCGGCUGGGGUACCUGCCGGGGGUCCCCUUUGUAUCCUGCAGAGCAUCCGACUAUGAGAAUUUCUCCUGCUCCUGGACCUCCAGCGUGGAAACCUUCCUCCCCACCAGAUACAUCACAACCUACAGGAAGAAAUCGCUGACGGGUGAAGAGAAGCGGAGGAACAAGAAUGGGCAUGUGGGGCCGUGCCUGCAGGAUCCGUCCCGCCCUGGCACCUGCACUGUCCACGGGUCGGAGUUCUGGAGCUCCUACCGCCUGAACAUCACUGAGGUGAACCCGCUGGGCUCCAGCUUCCGCCUCCUCGACAUAACCAUGCAGGCCAUCAUUAAGCCGGACCCUCCGGAGGGCUUGGUGGUGGAGCCCAUCCCUCUGGCCCCACGGCGGCUCCAUGUGAGCUGGAAGUACCCCUCCUCCUGGCCCAAGGAGCCCCACUUCCAGCUCAGGUUUCGGCUCCAGUAUCGGCCCAUCAUCCACCGCUCCUGGUCCGUGGUGGAGACGGUGAACCUCUCCGAAGUGAUCACAGAUGCUUUUGCCGGGCUGGAGCACGUGGUCCAAGUCAGCGCCAAGGAUUUCCUGGAUGCGGGGAACUGGAGCGAGUGGAGUGCCGAGGCCCGGGCGACGCCAGUCAGAGACCCGGCCACCGCGGCAAGUGAAGAAACCACUAUAGAUGCCAGCCUGGAAAGCCUGGCCGAGGAGCCCUCCCAGGCUCCCAACCCUGAGCCCAUCAACCACAGUGACUCCCUGGAGAAGAUGGCCAUCCUGGUGUCCCUCGGGAUCUUCGCCUUCUUUGUACUGGCUGCUGUUCUCAUCAUCACCAUCCUUAUCUGGCUCCGGGUGAGGAAACACAGCAAGGGCGAGACCAAACCCCACAACUUCUUGGUUGCUGCCACCCACUUGAAGGCGCUGCCAAAGGAUCAGAUCCUGUAGUGAGCCCUGGCCGAUCCCUGCUCCCUGCACCCGCUUGCCCACGCAUGGGACUUGAUGCCGUUGCU